CCGACCCCGCCGGGGUCUACGCCCUCCUCUCCGCCGGUCCCCAGCCCUUUCAACGCCCACUGGAAAAGUUUGCGGGAGGCAGCUUAAAAUACAUGCUUACUAGAAAGCAGCACCCGACUGAAACCUCACGAAGCCCAGAACUACAGAAAGAAGGCCUUGUGGGUAUCCUGGUUCUCCAUUAUCGUCACACUGGCCCUUGCGGUGGCUGCCUUUACUGUCUCCGUUAUGAGGUACAGCGCCUCCGCUUUUGGGUUUGCAUUUGAUGCCAUUCUUGAUGUCCUGUCGUCGGCCAUCGUCCUGUGGCGUUACAGCAAUGCAGCUGCUGUGCACUCGGCCCAUAGGGAGUACAUAGCCUGCGUCAUCCUGGGGGUGAUAUUCCUUCUGUCAUCCAUAUGUAUUGUGGUCAAAGCCAUCCAUGAUCUCUCAACGAGGCUACUCCCAGAAGUGGAUGAUUUCCUGUUCAGCGUCUCCAUUUUAAGUGGGAUUCUUUGCAGCAUCCUGGCUGUGUUGAAGUUUAUGCUGGGGAAGGUUCUGACCAGCAGAGCACUCAUAACAGAUGGGUUUAACUCCCUCGUGGGUGGCGUGAUGGGCUUCUCCAUUCUUCUGAGUGCGGAAGUGUUCAAGCACAACGCGGCGGUCUGGUACCUGGAUGGCAGCAUAGGUGUGCUGAUCGGCCUCACCAUAUUUGCCUACGGGGUCAAACUCCUCAUCGACAUGGUGCCGAGGGUGAGGCAGACGCGUCACUACGAGAUGUUUGAGUGAAGGUGUGUCCUGGGCGGCUAACACGUUUGCACAAAGAUGGUCAAGAGGAGAGAUUUCCACACAGGCAGAUGGUGCCAAUAUUUAACGGAACAUCCAGUUUCUUUUCUAAAUGUUUUCUUUAUACAGUUUGUUGUCCUGGGAUGAUGUCUGCCCGGCAGGUCGGUCUGCCCUGGUCCCCUCACUCGCUGUUCCCAUCAGACACGUAGGACUUUGCCUAUAGGAGGGACAUGCUUCCCCAUCUCCAGCUGAAACUGACAUCAAACGGACAUCUUCUAUUUCCUGGAGUAACGUGGUUCUUGUGGGUAGGAUACGCUCUCUUCUUGGCAGAGUGUCCUGUGGUGCUCUAAGCCUGAAAAGUCUAGCAAGUGACCAGAUCCACCUCCUCUGGCCUGUGGCUGCAGCAACCCUCAGUUCCAAAGUCUCUUCUCUCCCGGCUGAGAUUAAGGGAGGCCUGUCCCCUUUUGCAUACCGAGAACCAUCAGUAUAUCACUUCCUAAUUUCUAUCAGUGUAUUUCAUUCGUUUCAUACUGUUUUACUAAUCCUAAAGCUAAACAGAUUCGUUCAAAAGGAGACCAGUCUAUUUUUAAAGUACUUAGUAUAUAUGUAUGAGCUUUGCAUGGACGAACUCAAUAAGCACAUGACCCUUUCUCAUACAUUCAGAACCUGAACAUCUGUGUAAAAACAGGAUCCAUUUUUGAGAGAUGUGAAAGUACAGUUUAUUUGUAAUAAAUAAUUAUAUAACCUAUCAGUAUAUGCAUAUAUCUAUAUGCUGUGUUAAGUGGUAAUGAUACAUUACAGUCUGUGGGAGAUGGCUCCCUCUGUAAGGCACAAGACGUUCUCAGUGUAUGUAACGUUAGGUGUAGAUUCCGUAGAGAUGUCCCCACCCCGCAACGUUCUGUACCUCUCACACUACUGGCCCAGGCGGCAGUGUCUGACUAAUAAAAACCUUACCUGUUUUGUAUGGCACAGGGUGAUCAUCUCUGAGAGUCUUCACUGCGGCACCAACACUGGGGGAGGCCCCGUCCUGGGCAGGUUUUCUAUGGUGGCUAUUUGUGCUUGAGAGGAUUAGAGUGGAGACCCUGAAGGACUGCUGGGAGGGCAGGCCCACUAUGAGUGCUCAGGGUGGGGAGGAGAGCGGAGUGGCCACACACCUAUCUGGUGGGGCUAGAGGCUGGUCAGGCCUGGAACUGAGGGAGGCUGCUCCCCAGACCUCACCCCAGCCUUCGGUGUCCCUUCUCCCACCAGGCUGGCUGAGGGAAGGUAGUUUGUCCAACAAGGUCACAGGGCGCUGGUCUAGGCUGCUGCUCUCAGGGCAGUGUCCCCACAGUACCCAGAAGAGAGUGGAAAAUGGAGCAUUUGAGCACAGUUGGAAAGAGGAGUUAGUCGUCUUCUGCUCUGCAGGCUUUAUCACUGUAUUCCAUUGUACUGCGGGAGCUCACGGAGGAGAAGCCAUGAUGUAGCAUUCCUCAAACUCAGGCACUCGGCUCCUCUGGGCAUCAUUUUUAGCCCGGUGCUCCACCACACAUGCUGUGUGGACUACGUGGCAUCUCUGUUCUAGGCAGUAAUCCAACAUCUGGAGCUUCAGAGAGGCCGGGCUGAAGGGGUCAAGCCAAGGCGGAUCCAGCAGCACCUUCAGACAGCCCCUUAGUAUGGGCACAGAAUUGACCUUUACAUCUCCAGGGCAUUCACCCAUCCAAGGCCCAUGGCCCACUGGCACCCAGCUCAGAAAUUGCUCUUCUUUAGCUGGAGAAAGGUCUUCCAGGUCUAAUGGGUUCUGACCCUCAGAGAGCCACCUCAGGGCUAUUUUACUAGCCUAUUGUGAAAGAUAUCGAAGGUCUGCCUCAGUGCACAAUUUCCUCAAAAAUAAGGGCUAGCAGGUCGCUCUUUGGCUCAGAUCCUUCAGGGAGUGGAGGGUACACAGUUCUAAGCUUUGUGUCAGAGAUGAUUAAGGGACAGAAUACUCAGUAGUAAAAUACUUCUCCUCCCCCUCCUCAAGCAUACCUUAUUUUGUAUGAGAGACAGACACCCCCGCCAGUCUUCACACCAGAUCUACCCUCAGCUGGCCUGGCUCACAGGUGUACGUUCAUGCCUAGCAUGGACAGGGAGGCCCUGGCAUGGGAACCACAGGCCUCCCUAUGUGGGUCGUGGGACUGCUGCACCCGACUGCAACACAGCUGCACAGCAGCUUGGCUUUGUUCCGUGGUGACCCUGUGCCCACCCAGUGCUCCCCAAAAAUCACUUCCACCUGUCACACAAGAAAAGUUUAUUGAAAAAUAAAGUUCUCCCUAGUUUUCUCUACAACAGUGGAAAACAAAGCAGUGUUCUCUAUACUGGGACAGUACAUUUGGACAGCGACACCUUAUUGGCACAGUCCUGUGCUACUUACCCCAGAAGGGAACAGUAGAAAAUGGGUGGACCAGGAUCUGUUUGAAGACACAGAUGUGAACGGCCAUUAGCUUAAAGACAUCAAGGUGGUGACAGCAACUACGACAGAAGGGACAUCCAUCUCCUUUGGCAUCAAUUGUUACGCUAUCGUCUUGUUAAUACUUGGCCAGGACCGUGAGAGCACUUCCCAGCUUGCUCUGUGUCAGCGCUGGGAGACGUGGCAGCCUGCGCAGAGGUGCCUGACCCGCUGUCCCCGCAAGGUGUGUAGACCCGCGCACUGCAAAGCCUCCUAGCACCACUGCCCACCCCCGCCUUUCACACGGGGCUCCUUUCUUGUACCUCUGCCAGGCCUCACUAGCGGUGGGGCUGGGAAGAGAGUGAGGGCCAGUCUAAAGGCUCCGCAAACUCUGGGAUAGAGGGAGAGAUGCUUUAAGGAAGGUAAAAUUCCAAUCAUUACAGCCAUGGAAUUGUAAGACUGUUGAUUAAGCAGAAGAGAAUCCAAAGGAAUUUGAAAAGGCCACUGGACUCCAGCAAAUCUCCCCACAUUCCACAACUGCAGUCUCUCCAGAGCUAUGUCGAGACUGGGCAGCAGAUAAACUUUCAAUCCACCUAGGAAGCAAGAGGCUAAAUCCCCAACAGAAUAAAAAGCAAACUGAUAGGUGCUUUGGGAAAACAUCCUUAAGCCGGAGCAGCUUCUGGGGGCAGUUCUGAAAGAGGUCAAGACCUCUGCCCUGGGGGAAGGGGCAAGGGUGAGGGCGGG